GCAUAUGGCUUCACCCUCCAGACACUAAAUUUAGAGCUGCUGCAGCUCUGGAUCUGUUAACGUGUGAUGUAAAAAUAGCAAAGAGGGAAACCUGCUCAGCACAGAGCACACACACGCACACAGUAAAUGUGAAGUAAACACAGUGAGAGGCAGGGAUUUAUGUCAUUAUUGUGAAGUUUAAAAGAAGGCGUGUUCCUGGAUACAGCAGCAGGUGUGAACAGGUGACGAGAUGUUGUCCAAAAAACAGGAGCGGACGUUUGGCAACGGGCGACUGAGAGAUCAGUGGGAGAAGAGAGCGCAGAGUGAGGCGGAUCAGUGCAAGCAAGAGGCCGAAUUUAAAAAGAAGAGCUCCCUCAAACUACUCUUCUCAAAGUGGAAUUAUCACCUGACGACCUAUACCAAUGGAGACCAGCUGUCUGACUUCAGGAGAGUCACCAGCGGUGAAGAUGAAGCGGACAAAAACAAGUCAAAGAUUAAAUUCAAAGUUGUCCCUCCUCCUCCCAAGUCCAAACCCGAGCCUCCUCCGCCUCCACCUCCUUCCAGGAGGAGAUCUUCUCCCAGACCUCACCGGCAAAAACGGAAAGUUGAGGUGGACGUGUUCCGACUGUGCUGGAAAGAUUCCUGGAUGAGCAUGAAACCUCCAAAAUAUCUUUUCCUCAAGGCCAAAGAGCUCAAGGCCAGAAUUUUAGAAUUCACAACCAUGGAGAUAAGAAACAGGAGGACGUACAAACCGAAGCUGGGAAGAUCUGAGGAUGAGGUGACACCUGCUGCUGAGGCCUGGAAAUGCUCGUGGAAACAGGUGAAGAGUCCAGCACAGUCUGAGUUUUCUGAGCUGAAACAAAAAUUUGAGUGGGAGAUUUUGUUUGAAAGAGAGUUACUUUGCGAACCUGAAGUAGAGAAGUAUUCUCUCCCCAUGUGGGCUGGUACAUGGAAGAUAAUGAACUUUGUCUUCAGACAGCAGAAGCAGAGCUGGGACUGUGUCUGGCCCGAGUUCCAACAGAGCCUCAGCAACACGUCUGACAAACUGCAGGAGCUGGAGGACGAGGAUGAGCUGAUAGACUGGGAUGAGUCCUGGAAACUGUCUGGAGCCGAUUUUCAAGCAAAAGACGGCGAGACACUGAGCUCCAUCUCCACAGUGGAGGCGGGGAUUGUAGAUUUCUGUCAGCCCGGGUGGAGCAAUUCCUGGCUGCUCUCUGCUGCUCCUCCUGAUGAAGAGGAAGAGCGACAGAAGAGCUGGACUUCCUGCUGGAGAUUCAGGCAACAGAUCAGGUGGCGCCAUGGUUCACUCCAGUCGCAUCAUCACCACAGCGACACGAUGAUGAGGAGACGCCGGACCGUGAACGUCCUCCUCAGUUCAUCGCUGGACGAUGACGUGAUGGACAGUGCGGUGUGGACAAAGGCCUGGAAGACUCCUAAAGAACUGAGCCAACCAGAGGAGGAGGAGGAGGAGGAGGAGGGGGAGGAGGAUGAAGAGGAGGAGGCCUGGAAGACUCCUAAAGAACUGAUCCAGGAGGACAAAAAGAAUGAGGAGGAUGAGGAUGAAGAAGAAGAUGAGGAUAAGGCGGGGAUGGAUGAAGGUGUGAUGGUGGACACAGAGGAGGACAACGACCAUGAGAAGAUGGAGGAGGAAAAAUUCCACAAACUCCAUGCCUCCUUCUCCUCCUGGAGCAGGUCAUGGAUGGUGGCAGUGGCUCACAGGGGAGGAGAUCUGAGUGAUGGGGAGGAGCCGGAGGGGGAGGAGCAGGCAGAGUGGUGGUGGGCGUGGAAAGAGUCGUGGAAGAUCUGUCGCUGGAAGAAGCCGGAAGAGGACAAGGUGGCGUGUUUCUCCACUGAGCACCUGAGUCAGAGACACGCGGGGCUGAUGUGUGAAGACGGCGACACGGGAUUCCAUUUGGAUCGGAAGUCGAAAUCUGGGAGCGACGUCAACGUCUGA